AUGAAGCUGUUCUCACUGCUUUAUACAAUCUUAUUUAUAAAGCUAGUGAGGUCUGAAACAAAGGUUACCCUUGACAUUUUACAACCAGACCAAAAGAAUACGACAGUUGAGGUUAGUCAGGACUAUGGACUAGAGCUCAAGAAGUACUCCCCAAAGGAAAAAUGUCGUAUAAACAAGGUCAAGUAUGGAAGUGAGAGUAUAUGGAGUUCUUCCUUGCGUGGUAAAGAAGUCUGUAAGAGCAUACAGUUUCACUCCAAGGGAGAGACCAAACUCAUUGCUUUGUGGAUUGUCGACAAGGGAGGUACACUAGAAAUAAAACGUUUUAACAGGGUUGGCGAUAAGUGGAAUGCUAUUGGACUGGAAGAUUUUAACAAAAAGAUUCGGGAAGCAAAAGGUCGAGAGGCUGGAUCAAAUAAAGGUACCGAGGAACAGUCACAAGCUAAGCCUGUAUCUCUGAGUGAACGUACUAAAAAGGUUGAUUCAUCGCUCUUUAAUGUGAGAGGAUCUAUUAGCAAUGAUGGUGUAUUCUAUUUGACAUGCACACCAAAGGAAAACAAGAGCCUUACAGAACUAAAGUAUGGAGGUGAAACCAUAUGGAAUGGAAAGGCACGGUGUAAAUCGUUAAAGACUUUCUCACCCCUGAACUGCUUUAAAUGUAAUAAGCAGACACAAUCUGAAAAUGGGUUCUGGAAAUCAUCAACUCUUUUAUCAGCUCUUAUCUAUUUUAAGAGAGAUCAGCCGGAAGUAGUAACACUGCAAUACAAGAAGGAUGGAGAAGUACAUACUCUCUUACUUCAUAAGAACAAUGAAAAGUGGGAAGAUAACUGGAGGGAGCAUAAGAGGAAGCUCAAGGAACUGAAAGAUGCCAUGAAACCCGUAGAAUCUCCAGUUACAAAAUCAGCUGAAAAGCUCACCACUAAUCCCAUUACUCUGGAUCUUUUUAAACCUAACGAAUCUGAAAUCACAAAAAAUGAGCGUGCUCAUCGUGGAACAAUGAUAAAGACAUACUCUCCAAGGGAUACCUUCCACAUAGCAUCUGUUGUUUACAAUAAAAGCACUGUUUGGAAGGCAACUGAAGGAACCAACGAAAGGUGCGAACUUGCAAAGUCCUAUUCAUCUGCUGGAGAAAUCCUCUAUUUAGAUAUCAAAGAUAAUAAUGGAAACGCUAAGCCAAAGUACUAUAAGAAAAAUGGAGCAGUAUGGAAUGGUAUUCCCGAACAUGUGUUUAAUCUGCAACUAAAGACAAUGAAAGGAACGUCUGUUGAUGAAGACUCUGCACAGAAUGAUGGGAAGUCCCAUUUUGAUUUACAGCCCCGUAAAGAUAACAGGACAAACUCUGAGAAUGGUUCCACUGAUAAGCCUGUGAGUGUAAAACAAGAUAUUGCAACCGAUGAACAUGAGACUGUAAAGGAAGAUGAAGAACCUCCAGCUCCAUCUAGACCUCUUACAAAUUGCGCUUUAGAUCUUUCCAAACCUGACGAGGACGAAAUAGCCGUGAAGGAAAGUGAUUACGAAAGUGGAGUAAAAAUAAAGGACUUUUCUCCACAGGCUGGUUUGAGGAUAAAUUACAUUCUUAACAAUGGGAAUCCCGUUUUGCAGAUUCCCGGUGAUCAGGAAUUUAAACAGAUACGUUUAUAUUUCAAGAGGACUUCAAAUCUACUCAUGCUUAUCGUGAAGAAACCUGGAGGCCUCGAGCACAAAUAUUAUGAGAAAAUAGCUGGAGAGUGGAAAGUCAAGGAUAAAAAUGCAUUUAAUACUAAACUAACCGCAAUGAAAUGUUCUGGAUAG